UCAAUCACACAAGUCCUACUUUCUCAGAUUUUAACUAAACAAAUUGUGUCGCUAAGUAGAAGAAGCCAUCAUGGCUAGAGUGAUGUUGUGGUUUCUUGUUUCCUUGUAUCUAUGCCUCAUUGGUCAUAUGAUUGCCGAGGCUGCAAGAGAAGGUGCGUCCAUGAAGAAGAUUGGAAAGAGUAUCGGACACGUAACCGGAUUUAAGGGUGAACUCACAGCUGGUGGCUAUGGCGGUGGAGGCCCGGGAUAUGGUGGUGGUGGUGGUGGAUACGGGCCAGGUGGUGGCGGUGGUGGUGUUGUAAUCGGUGGUGGAUUUGGUGGUGGAGGCGGGUAUGGGUCCGGUGGUGGUUUGGGUUGGGAUGGAGGCAACGGAGGUGGUCCGGGAUACGGGUCAGGUGGUAUUGGUGGUGGAGUCAUCAUUGGCGGUGGUGGUGGUGGUGGAUGUGGCGGUUCAUGCGGCGGAGGCGGUGGUGGAGGAUAUGGACACGGCGGAGUCAUCACGAAGGAAUCCGGCAAAAACUAGAAAAAAACAUGCAGCUUUCUUUAGGUCGUAGAAGGAAGGAGGAAGAAGAAAUAAGGAUGUACUUUAGCAUCUUGAUCAUGUUUAAGAGUUUGUAACGGCAUCAGUUUUAAUGGAAUAAGAACCUUAUAGUUUC